CACUUUCUUCCACAGCUACAGCGAAAAGUUAUAAAAAUUAAAUUAAUUCGAUAAUAGGCAUACUUAAUCGUUUUUUUACAAAAGCAACUUGUAUAGUAAUAAACCGUUGAUAAUAAUUAAAGUGUUGAUAUGAUCUCAAAAUUAAUUGAGAAAAUGUUUAGAAUAGUUUUACUAUUUUUUAUAUUUCAACCGUAUUUUGUUGCCCCCGAAAAAGGAUUUGUACUAAAUUAUAGCCCUAGUAAUUUUAAAGAACGUAUAGAAGAAUUGGAUGGCAAUUUUAUCAUGUUCUUCGCACCUUGGUGUCAGCCUUGCGUUCGAUUUCAUCCAAUUUGGCAAGAACUUGGGAAAUUAGUGAAUUCUAAAGAUUCCAAAUUUGCUAUAGCGCAGGUUGAUUGCACUGAACAUCGCUUACUGUGCCAUGAAAACGAUAUUACAGGAUAUCCAACUUUAUUAUAUUUCCAUAAAAAUUCCUUUGAUUCAAUAGAAUAUAAGGGGACCCAUGAUUUGCCUUCAUUAUUGAUGUUUUUAAGUGAAGUGGUUACUACUAAGACUGAGAAAGCUGAGACUGUAAAAGACGCUUAUAAUGAUGUUAAAAUAUAUGGCGGUGUGGCCUACCUCAAUGAUCAGAAUAUUGAGAAGUUUAUAUCUGAAGGUCAACAUUUUGUAAUGUUUUAUGCACAUUGGUGCAAAGAGUCUCAGAAACUAGCUCCUGUGUGGGCAGAAUUGGCAGUGCAGUAUACCCACAAUGAAUACAUACAGAUAGGAAAAGUGAACUGCAUGGAAAGCCAGAUGACCUGCAAAAACUUUGAUAUCAAACUAUAUCCAUAUCUUUUAUGGAUUGUUAAUGGAAGAAUUAUGGGUGUAGCAGAAGGAACAACCUUAGAUGAACUUAAGGCUUUUGUUGAGAAAAUGUUGCUUGAAGAAAACCAUGACCCAGAAAAGUUUAUGAAGAAAAAGAAGGUUUUACCAGUUGCAAGAAUAACAGAGGAAACAUUUGAAACAUUCUUGGAAAAGGAUUUGGUAUUUAUCAACUAUUUCGCUCCAUGGUGUGCUCAUUGCAUGCAAAUGGGUCCACUAUGGUUGAAGCUCGGUGAGAAUUUCCAAAAUGAAAGUCGUGUACUUAUAGCUGAUAUAGAUUGUGUAAGGUCGAAGCAAAUAUGUGAUGUUGAAAAGAUAAAUGGACUACCAACAUUGGUACUCUACAAACACAAAAAGAUUGUUAAUGUUGAACACGGUGGUAGACCACUGGAAAGUCUGAUUUCCCUGGUCAAGGAACAUCUGAAGGAGUCAAGUGACAUUAUAGAGGAGGUAGCACACAGUGAUGAUAACAGCAAUCAAAAUGAGGACACAAAAAAUACCAAAGAUGAGCUGUAGAAUAAGUACCUAGUCAA